AUGCCUCUAUUCCCUUAUAAACUACACGAGCUCUUGACUGAGAUGCAAUCCAACGAUCAUCUCUCGUCCAUUAUCUCAUGGAUGCAAUCCGGUAACGCAUUCAAGAUCCACGAACCUCUGCUCUUUGAAGAGAUACUUCUACAAAAGUACUUCCCACGUCAAACGCAGAUAAACUCAUUCAAGCGUCAGCUACUCUACUACGGUUUUGAUAAUCUUGGCAAUGGUAUCUUCGCUCACCCUUGCUUCUUGAAGGACAAGCGCCACCUAUGUGGUCAGAUCAACCACACCAACCCGACGAAGAGUCAACGUGAAGGAAUGGCCCUGAUCCCAUCGAGACGGAUUCGUGGAAAGCGAGCGAAGCAUGCACUUACCCAACGACUGAAAGUACCUGUUCCUUUAAUCAGUACAUUGACCGCUGGGUCGAACGAUGGAGAUGGUGGUCGUCAAUCCUCGAUACACCCCACAGCGAUUCAUUCUGGAGUGAUUCCGAAUCAGUACUGGACUUUCUUGGAUACUUCUUUUUCGCCGAAAAUCGCAUCCUUAAGGAUGCUAUCUUUUGAUCUUCCAACCGAGGAUCAGAACCUUCCUGCGCCUACAGAGCCUAUGGUUGCUCCAAUAAACCGGAUGUCUGGACUCUCUCAAAUGGAUAGUCGCGCCUUUUUCGGUGAUGCAAUCUUCCAACUGCGGGAGCAGCCAAUCUCCCUGUCUCAAGGGAUUCAUGAAUAG